CGCCCUCUGGACCCACAGUGUCCACGGCGCCUGUUCAGCGCCUUUCCGGCUAGAACGUCAGGCGGGACCCCGGCCCGUCUCACUGCCACCCGACCAGGCCCUGAGGUCGGAGCCCGGAGCUGGGUAAGAACUCCGUCAUCUAUCCUCCGAAUGAAGAACCUUACUCUUCCUCAGCCGGGAAGAACACGCGCUCUCAAGUCCUCUGAGCUACACCCGAGGCUCCGCGCUGGACUCAGGCUCCCGACGCCGCGAGAGGAGCGGGGACACGGCCCCUCGGGGGAAGCCCGCCCGGGCGAGAGCGCCGGCCGCACGACGCGGAGGGCGCACCGCACGCCCUCGCCCUCCGUCUUCUUCCCCGGGAGCCCCGCCCCACGGCCCAUCGCGGCGCGCUUCGCCCUCGCGCCACACGGCGGCGUCUCGCGAGGGCGCGGCGGCCAGUGGUACAGUCCGUGCUCCCCCGCCCCCGGCAGUGGGUCCUUCCAGCCGCAGAAAAGCAUUGUGGGAGCGGCCGGCGGCCUUUCUGCCUGUGCGCUGGGGCGGCGGCCGGCUGCUCUGCGCCUUCCGGGAUGGCGGGGCCUCGGCGUGCGCGGCUUCUUGGCCUCCGACGCGCCAGGGCGCUGGGCCGCCCUGAGGGUGGUGAGAGCGUCUUGCAGCCCUGAGUCCGUGGACUGCGGAGGGCGGCGGCCGGGCCCGGCCGCGUUGCCGCUGGACCGCAGGAGGCCGCGAAGACGCUCGCAGGCUGCGUACCCACGCCGGGCAACGGGAGAUGGGUUUGAGUGCGUUUGAGUGGAUUGGUCAUCGACCGUGUGUCAGGGAGGUUUUCAGAUAAGCAGGGAAUUCUUGAGUGUGAAAGAGGAAGGCCUCGCCGUAGGUGGGCCCGUAUGCCUGCUGCAUCGCAGUUGGAAUCAAGUCCACGUGGGAGUAAAGUGCGGUUUAAGGGUUAGAGUUCGAUCAUUGCUUGAGGAUGCAGAGCUCGGCGAGUGAGUGUCGUCCGCUUUGCAGGUGAAAGCUGGAUGCUUGAAGCUAAGACUGCUGCUAGCUAGCUGAACACUGGGAGCACAAAGGUGACCUAAGGAUGUCCUUGAUGAGGAAUUCAAAAAAACAUCAUGGGAAAUCUUGACAAGAGUUGCUUGGAUCAUUUAAAACUUCCAGGAGUCUGAGGGGUACUAGAAUUAACUGCUUUUGGACAGUCUAUAAAUAAAUACACACUUAAAACAGUAGGGUUACAAAGAAA